AAUGAUAAUAAACAAUUAAUGCUACAAAAAACAUUGCAGUGAACUGGUAUUUUAUAAGUAUUAUGUGGACUCUUACAGAAUCAAGUUUUUUUCCUAUGCCUUCACAGGGUAACAUCUAUUCCUCUUCGGUGUUAACAACUGUUGACGGUAGUCAUAAAAUUCUUAUAGCCUUUCAAAAAAAGAAAAUAAUUACUCUAGAGCCAGGGAUUGAAGAUGGUGAAAUUGAACCUAUUGCAAAAGAGUUAAAAUUUUCCAAUAUUCCAAGUAAUGUAGAAAUUAUUUCAAUUCAUUUAAUAAAUAAAUCCAAAACCUGUAAUCACUUUGCAGUUGGAAUAACAUAUCUUAAGAUUAUAGGAGAUGAUGACCCAGUUUCUUACUUAAAUAUUUAUUCAGGCUCACAGAAUUCAGCAUUAGAGACUAUAACACAAAACUGUGAAGUAAUUCAAUUAAGUUUUAUCCCUUAUCAACUUAAUCAUGGUACAUAUUUAAAGGAAACACCUGAAGUUAUGUGGUUAUUGUCUGGAAGUGAUGGUAGAAUACAUGCAUACAAUGUAAAUGAACCAAUUCAGGAACAAAAUAUAUUAAACUACUUUGUUGAGUAUCAAGAAUUAGCGGAUUCAACAAUAUUAUGCUUUGAUACAAAAUCAUUCAAUAACUAUAAAAAAAGGGUAUCAUUCUUUGGAUGUGAAUCAGGCUAUACAAUGUUUUCUAUAGUAGAUACUACAAAGAAUCAAAUUUUACAUUAUUUUUAUGAACAUUAUCAAUUUCCAGUUUCAGUGAUGAAACUAUUCAAUCUUAAUAACAAAACAGUCAAAUUAGAUAAUAUCUUAACAGAUAAUAACAUAUCAGAUAGUGAUUGUAUAGAUGAAAAAAACAAAGUUUGUUUGCUUAUAACAAAUGCAGUUGAACCUUCUUUAGUUUAUAUGAAUGUCUUAGAGGAUUACUUAGGUAAUAUGAUCAUGUUAACUAAUAGUGACAGUCAUGAUGCAAUAAUUUGUGCAACAGCUGCUGAUGUUAAUUUUGAUUCUAUAAACGAAAUUUUACUUGGAUCCUAUGGUCAUAGUAUAUUAAUAUACACAUUUAAGGGUGAUAAAUGGUUAAAAGAGCCAGUUAUAGCAUUAAGAUAUCCCAUUAAUGGACUUUGGUAUUUAGAUAUAACAAAUCAAGGCGUAAAAGAUUUAAUAGUGAUAAGUGAACGUGGUAUUCACAUUUUUAAACAUGAUCCACGUCAUAUAUUAGACAUAUUGAAAAAACGUUUAAAAACCAGUAAGUAAUAUUUUUUUAAUAAAAUUAAUAACUAAAGUUGUAUCACAUGAAACCAAACUUCUAAAUAUUGUUUUUUAUGUAUUAAAUAAAAAGUUGUUUUUAUUUUAA